AUGUUGGGACAAUGGGAAGAAGAAGUUGAUGAAGAGGUGAUGAUCAGAUGCUACGAUGAACGUAGGGACAGAAUUCAAAUGGAACGUGUGGAGAAGAGUUGUGAGAUUGGUCACGACGACCAAACUCUUCUCUCUACAGACAGUUUAGGCGAUCCCAUCUGCAGGAUCAGAAACAGUCCUCUCUUCACUAUGCUGGUGGCAGAAGUUGGGAACAAGCUGGUGGGUUCCAUACAAGGCUCAGUAAAGCCAGUGGAGUAUCAUGGUAAGUCAGUAAGAGUAGGUUACGUUCUUGGUCUCAGAGUUGUGUCUCGGUACCGACGCCGUGGCAUUGGUUCGAUUCUGGUGAGAAAGCUCGAGGAAUGGUUCGUGUCUCAUAAUGCCGACUAUGCUUACAUGGCCACUGAAAAGGACAAUGAAGCCUCUCUCGGUCUCUUUGUCGGAAAACUUAGCUAUGUCGUCUUCAGAAACCCCACAAUCCUUGUCAAUCCCGUCAACCCUGGUCGCAGUUCAAAACUGCCGUCGGACAUCGGAAUAAGGAUGCUAAAGGUGAAAGAAGCCGAGUCGUUGUACCGGAGACACGUGGUAGCCACGACAGAGUUUUUCCCGGACGACAUAGACAGAAUCUUGCGGAACAAGUUAAGUGUCGGGACAUGGGCGGCUUACUACAAGGAUGACAACAUCGGAAGCUGGGCGAUGCUUAGUGUUUGGGAUAGUAGCAAAGUCUUUAAACUUACGAUCAAGAAAGCUCCUUUGAGCUAUUUGCUUCUCACUAAAGUUUCAAACCUUUUCGGUAAACUCUUGUCGUUAUUGGGAAUAACGUCGUUGCCUGAUCUGUUUACUCCGUUUGGUUUCUAUUUCCUUUACGGGGUUUACGCCGAAGGUCCGUUAAGUGGGAAACUCGUUAGGGCUUUGUGUGAGCACGUUCAUAACAUGUCUGCGUCAGAUGAUGAUGGUGCACGUAAAGUCGUGGUGGUAGAGGUUGAUGGAGGAAGCAACGGCGAUGAUGAUGCUUUGAGUAGGUGUAUCCCGCAUUGGAAAAUGCUUUCAUGUGAGGACGAUAUGUGGUGCAUCAAGCCGUUGCAAUGCGAGGAGAAGAUGAACGGUUUCAGUGAGUUUAGCAAUAUGUGCUUAAGAUCUAAACCGCGGUCUUCGCUCUUUGUGGAUCCAAGAGAUGUGUAG